AUGCCUGGAGAAAUGCAAGGGGACGCUGCUGACAGAGAACUAGCUAUCCCAGAGGGGAGCCGUGUUAGGCUUAAUAGUGUUGUCAGGAGGGAACGGGUUGACGAGUCUGACAGUCAAUCCGUCUCCAUUGUGUUUGAGGAAGGGAGACCGAAGAAGAGGACACGGUUGAAGAAGCAAGUGUCACAAUUGAAACAUCAACUUGAGAAUCUGGAGGAAUCGCUGAGGGAGAAAUCCCGGAGGGAAGACAAGGAACAGAGAUCUGAGCGGUCCUACAGAGCAGAGAAGUCUCACCGCUCGGAAAAAUCACGGUAUACCGAAAGAGCAGAAGAAAGGGAGCUGGAGUUUUCCUCUGGCAGGCCAGGGCACCGGGCUCAUAAACGUCAUGACCGGGAUAUGCCAAGGGACAGAAGGGAACAGGGAAGAUAUAAGGAAGACAAGAGGGCUAAGACUUCAAGAUCUACAGACUCGCUUCCUACGUCAGUUUGCGAGUUCGCGGAGGGUAGGAAAGUCAGCCCUUUCGCUGAUGGAUAUCAAGCAGGAUCAAGGUGA